CAUGAUGUGCAACAUUUCGUGAUUUUCUCAAUAGUAAUCUUUAAUUAAAGCACUGUUCAGUUCAUACUUCCAUUCACCUCUCGUCCUAAAGAACUGAGUUUUGAAACUGAGUUUGAACUACGUUCAGCAAUGAAUUUGACAACAUUUGUAACUGCUUCGAUUGCACUUACAAUCCAGAAAUAUGCGGAUAAGUAUCGAGAGAAGGAUUUAAAUUUGACGUUACAAGAAUUGGAAGAGGACAUGAGUCUUCCAAAUAUUAAAAGUUUCGAUUUUAUAGUUGUGGGUGGUGGUGCAGCGGGAUGUCUGUUGGCGGGACGGUUAUCAGAACAUUUUACCGUCCUUCUUCUCGAAUCCGGAGGUGACCCAGUUCCAGCCACGUACAACCCUUUUCACAACCGAGAUGUGGCUUCCCAUCCAGCAAUCAAUUACCUCUAUCCAUCCAUAAGGCAAGCAAAUUUUGCUCAAGAAAGUGGUGGGGUUGUAAUCAGCGACACGGGUCGAAUGCUGGGAGGUACUUGGUCACACAAUUCCUUCGUCUACAAUAGGGGCUCACCCCAUGACUACGAUCAUUUUGCCAACUUAACCGGGGAUGGUUCUUGGUCUUAUCGGAAAUUGCUGCAGCAUUUCAAAACUAUUGAAAAUUUCCAUGGCCGACUUUUGAAUGAAGGGCAAAGAAACAAAUAUUACAGCAAUACUGGACCACUUCACGUAGAAACUGACUGGUUUCCAUUGGUGGAUGCCUGGCUCCGUUCCGGGGAAGAAGUCGGGUUUAACAUUGGCGACCCUAAUGGACACCAGCGAGAAGGUUUUUCCCCACAAGUAAAGUCUAUAAAAAAUGGUGAAAGAGUUAGUACCUACACCACAUUUGUAAAACCUAUCGAAUCAACAAGAAAUUCCAAGCUGAAACUGCUACGAUACUCAGAUGUCCAAACAAUUCUCAUCGACUCCAACAAUCGCGCCUAUGGGGUAACCUACUUACGGCACGGGAUUCCCCAAAUUGCCCACGCUGCAAAGGAAGUACUCAUUUGUGCAGGCACCUUUUCUUCCCCGCUACUCCUCCAUCGAUCAGGAAUCGGACCAAAGGAAGUCUUAACCAAGGCAGGAAUUCCCAUCAAAAAGGAUUUACCCGGAGUUGGACAAAAUUUCCGGAAUCACCCCGAAUUAUCCCUCGUUUUCAAUAUUGGCCAACCAGACUGGAAGCUGUUUAGCCGAUUGGAAGAAUCCCAAGUGGAGAAGGAACUCAACCUUUAUCAAGGAAAGGAACGCGGAGGAUUUUUCACCGAGAUGGAUUUCUCCCCACAAGCAUUCAUCGUUUCCCGGGUUGCAAAAUCUAGGGGUGAAUCCACCUGGUCGGAUAUCCGAUUGAUGCUGAAUCGACAUCCGUCCUUGGAUGGUGCCACCAGCUGGACCAGCAGUCUUGGGAUUUCGCUGACAAGAGGGCAAUCAGCUGGGGAAAUUGGUUUCAAUACGACGGCGUUUUUAGCGGGUGAGGUAGACGAUGUGAAACUGGCGCUCGUUGACCACCGGCAAUUUACCGUGAAGGACGAUGUGGACGUGAUGAUUGAGGGAAUCAAACUUGGGCUUCGGGUUAUGGAAGAAACUUCGACUGUCCGUGGGAUGAAUAUGAGUUGGAGAUACGAUCCUCCGGCAGCAUGCGGAAAUUUAGUGCCUCGCUCUGAUGCAUAUUGGCGGUGUGCAAUAACAGAAAGGGCCCAUCUGGCGCACCAUUUCGCGGGAACAUGUAAAAUGGGCAGAGAUUCGGAUCCACUUGCUGUUGUGGAUGCUAAACUGAGGGUUAGAGGAAUUCAAAAUUUACGAGUUGUUGAUGCGAGCAUAAUGCCUCGCCCCAACAAUGCAAACACAGCCGCACCAGUCAUGGUAAUUUCGGAAAAAACGGUUCAAGAGUUACGCACAAUGUAUCUGGUCCGAGGAGAUGAAACUACCCUAGCUUAGCGUGUUAUAGACAACUCUUUGCGGCUAAAUUUUCAAAAAAUGUGAGAAUUUUUCAUAAAUAAAAAUGCCAUCAGUUAUUUA